AUGUUCUGGAACACACUUAUCGCGUUAACAAGCCUGGCGGCGUACGCGCAAGGUCAUGGCAAAGUGGUGGAUCCAGUGAACAGAGCCUCACUGUGGCGAGUGUUCCCUGAUGCACCGGCUGACUAUAGUGACGCAGAGCUCAACUGUGGGGGCUUCGGUCAUCAGUGGAUGGUCAACAAGGGAAGAUGUGGUGUUUGUGGAGAUCCUUACAAAAGUCCACAACCUCGAGCGCAUGAAUUUGGCGGAAAAUAUGGGCAGGGGCUGAUCGUGGCUACGUACCGGCGAGGUGACGUCAUCACUACUAAAAUCGACCUUAGCGCCAGCCACUUUGGUUACUGGGAAUUCAGACUUUGCGUAAACCCUCAAGACAAUACCCAGAAAUGCUUCGAUAAGCAUCUGCUUGAGUUAAUAGAUGGAGGGACCAGAUACUAUCCUUCGAAACCUGGAAUUUAUACUGUAAGAUACCACCUGCCUUCCGAUGUGGUCUGUGAACAUUGUGUGCUGCAGUGGAAGUAUACUGCUGGCAACAACUGGGGCGUAUGUGCUGAUGGCUCUGGUGCCGUUGGUUGUGGCAACCAGGAGACCUUCUUCUCUUGCUCAGAUAUCAGCAUCAGACCAGACAAUAAUUACCUUUAA